ACUCCUUCGAUUGAUGCUCUCAGGCUUCCGUCGAGUCACUCAAUUAAAUCUACAAAAACGAUUGUUUAGAAUGUCAGAGAGUGCAAACUUACACAAAGAUGAAUUAACGGGCGAAAUGAUCUCCAAGACAGAAUUAAAGAGGAGACUCAAACUUAGAGAGAAUGAAGCAAAAAAGGCUUCAAAACCUAAGCCAGUCGAAUCAAAGAAGAAGGAAGACGAGGUUGAGUUAACCCCUAACCAAUACUAUGAGAUCCGUUCAAGGGCUAUUCAAAAACUUAGAGAGACUAAAGACCCUGAUCCAUACCCACACAAGUUCCACGUUGAACUUUCUCUCAAUGGUUUCAUCAACAAGUUUGAUUCUAACUUGCAAAACGGUGAUUCACGUAAGGAAGAAGUCGUCACCGUCGCCGGUAGAUUGCACAACAUCAGAGCAAGCUCCUCUAAAUUGAUCUUCUACGACCUUCACGGUGAUGGUACAAAGGUUCAGAUCAUGGCAAACGCCGCUGAACACGACGGUGAAGAUUUUACUAAAUCUCACGAAAUCCUCGCUAGAGGUGAUAUAGUCGGUGUUAAAGGUUACCCUGCUCGUACUAAGAAGGGUGAACUCUCUAUCGUACCAAAGCAAAUUCAACUUCUCACUCCAAACCUUCACCAACUUCCUAAAGAACACUAUGGUUUCAAAGAUCAAGAACAACGUUACAGAAAGCGUUACUUGGACCUUAUUCUUAACAGAAACGUUAGAGACAUUUUCGUCACACGCGCUAAAAUUAUCAACUACUUGCGUAAAUUCUUAGACAAUCUCGGUUUCUUAGAAGUUGAAACUCCAAUGAUGAACAUGAUCGCAGGUGGUGCAACUGCUAAGCCAUUCGUCACGCACCACAAUGAGCUCAAGUUGGACUUAUUCAUGAGAAUCGCACCUGAACUCUACCUCAAAGAGUUAGUCGUCGGUGGUUUAGACAGAGUAUACGAAAUCGGUCGUGUUUUCAGAAAUGAAGGUAUUGAUUUAACUCACAACCCUGAAUUCUCUAUCUGUGAAUUCUAUAUGGCAUAUGCUGAUAUGUACGACUUGAUGGACCUCACUGAGUCACUCUUCUCUGGUCUCGUCAAGCACGUUACCGGUGGUUACAAGAUUCAAUACCACCCAGACGGUAAAGGUGAAGGUAAGAAGUCAUACGAGUUGGACUUCACCACACCAUGGAAGAGAUUCAACAUGAUUGAAGAAUUAGAAAAUCAACUCAAGGUUAAAUUCCCAGAAGAUUUGGAAACUGAGGAAGCUAACAAGUUCCUCUCUGAUCUCUGUGCUAAGAACAACGUUGAUUGCUCUGCACCACGUACUACUGCAAGAUUACUUGACAAGUUGGUUGGUGAAUUCAUUGAAUCACAGUGCAUUAACCCAUCAUUCAUUAUCGGUCAUCCAAAGAUCAUGUCUCCAUUAGCAAAGCGUGACAGAAAGCAACAAUCAUUGACAGAAAGAUUUGAAGUUUUCGUUGCAACAAAGGAAAUUGCUAAUGCUUACACUGAACAAAACGAUCCAUUCAACCAAAUGGAAUCAUUCAAAGAGCAAAUGAAGCAAAAGGCUGCAGGUGAUGAUGAAGCCCAAGACAUUGAUGAGACAUUCAUCAACGCUCUUGAGCACGGUUUACCGCCAACAGGUGGUUGGGGAUGUGGUAUUGACAGAUUAGUCAUGAUGUUGACUGAUUCUUCAAACAUUAAGGAAGUAUUGCUCUUCCCUGCUAACAAGCCACUCCCUGGUACAAAUGCGGCAGCGAACGUCGAGAAAGCAGAUGAGCAACCAAAGCCAUUGGCUUAAAAAGAUUUCUUUAUUUAAAUUGUAGAUAAAGUAUAUAUAUAGAUAUAUAUAUAUGUUAUUAUUAUUAUUAUUAUUAUUAUAUAACGAUCUAGGUAAUUGACAACCAUCAAUGUCAUCAGCAGAUCUAGGAGAAGACAGUAAACUAACGACGAAAUUAUCUAGUUGGGUUAAU